UCUCCGAAUCGCGAAAUCCCCAAUUUAUAAGGCAAUCCAAAGUUUGGGUCAGACUCACGUAACGAUCAAUCAAACAAAAAAUGGAUAAUAAAGUUGCUUCAGAAUCUAAAAUUCCAGCUUCAUCAUUCAAAAGGUUGGGUAGGAAAUCACCAUUCACUAGAUAUGGUCUCCCUAUGAUCUCACUCAUGGUGCUCGGUUCUUUUGGCCUUGGCCACCUUCUGCAAGGCAGCAAGGAUAUUGCUAAAGUAAAAGAUGAUCUAGAGUGGGAGAUCAUUGAGUCAAGGAAAGCACUUUCGAGAGACGGACAGGUCAACACUUAUAACCCCAAAAAGAUUAACUUGGAGGAUGAAUUGAAGGCUUUGAAAGAAAAGAUUGAUAUAGACAAUUAUGAAUACAAGAGAAUUCCUAAGCCUAAUGAGGGCAAAUGAAAGGGCAACAUUUUUAUGCUGGGAAAAAAAAAUGGUGCAGUCCCAUGAUAUGAACUAUGAAGACAAACAUCAGUUGUAGUAUCUCCUGCAUAAGGCAAUCACAUGUUUUGGGAUGUGUUGGAGUGUCAUCAACAAGCUAGCUAAGCAUCUGAUCUC